AAACGUGAUAAGCGAGUGCUUUGUAUUAAUAGCUAAAUUUAAACGCUCCCUGAAGUGUUGUUAUAAAUAUUAUAGUACUAAUCAGUAUCUUAUCUGUUUGUGAAGUUGUUAUAUCAGUAGCACUAGGUUUAUAGGUUCAAUUACUCUCUGUAAUCUAUGGGUUCAAUUUCAAUUAAUGAAUUUAAAAACCAUAAAGAGAUUUUGUGAGAUUCUACCUGUGCUGCAGAAAUGGAUAUUAUAAGACACCCAGUUAGUUCUUUGAAAUUUGUUAUCAACGAUAGCUUCAAUGGUAAAGAACCAUGGCAAAUUGUUACGAUUACCACAACUACGAUAUUCUUGGGGGUCUGGUUCUAUGACUUCCUAUUUCAAGAUGAGAGUAUCAUCGAUAGGGGCAAGAAAACUGUAUUUCGAUUAGCAAAAUUAAUUCCUUCUAUAAAGAAAAGAAUCGACGAUGAGCUAAGUUCAAUUUCUAAAAACUUCAAGGACGAAGUCGAAGAAAGAACAAAGCACACAACUUACAUCACUGAGUUACCUCACGCCAAAUUGUCUAAGAAAGACAUUAUAGAAGCUUUGAAUACAAACUUAGGUUUAGGAGAUUACGACUGGAAAAAUGGCUUAGUUUCUGGGGCCGUUUACUACUACAGCCCAGAUUUAAUUGACGUGGUGAGCGAGGUAUACAGUAAAACUUCAUACACGAAUCCUCUUCAUUCGGACUUAUUUCCUGGACUGUGCAAAAUGGAAGCGGAAGUGGUCCGAAUAGCUGCCGAUUUAUUUAACGGCAACGAUGACACUUGUGGCACGAUGACUAGUGGUGGAACGGAAUCUAUUAUAAUGGCUUGUAAGGCUUACAGAGAUUACGGCAGGGAAGUAAAAGGAAUUAAGAAACCAGAAAUUAUCGUUCCUACCACUGUCCAUUCGGCUUUCGACAAAGCCGCACAGUAUUUGAAGCUUCGUGUUAGAUCCGUGAGAACCGAUCCCAAUACUUGCCAGGUAGACGUAAACGGUGUCAGGAAAGCUAUUAAUUCGAAUACCAUCAUGAUUGUGGGAUCCGCUCCGAACUUCCCGUACGGGACGAUGGACGAUAUCCCGGCACUCUCAGAACUAGGAGUAAAGUAUAACAUCCCAGUACAUGUGGAUUCGUGUCUAGGAGGUUUUCUGACUUGUUUUAUGGAAGAUGCGGGGUAUCCUAUUCCUCCAUGCGAUUUUCGACUGCCAGGAGUUACCAGCAUUUCUGCCGAUACACACAAAUAUGGUUUCACCCCUAAAGGUUCUUCGGUGGUGUUGUAUAGAGACGUUAAAUAUCGCCACCACCAGUACACGGUUACGACAGACUGGCCUGGCGGCGUUUACGGGUCUCCUACUGUGAGCGGUUCUAGAGCCGGUGGCAAUAUCGCUGUUUGUUGGGCGACUCUGUUGAAUUUCGGAAGAGAAGGCUAUGUGUCCGCCACGAGGGAUAUCGUACACACGACGAAGUAUAUCGAAAAAGGACUGAGACGGAUGAAAGGAAUAUUUAUUUUCGGCCAACCAGUGACCAGCGUGAUAGCCUUGGGAUCGAACGAUUUUCAUAUUUAUAGACUAUCGACGGCUCUUAAGGAGAGAGGUUGGAAUUUAAACGUACUUCAGUUUCCGUCGGGUAUUCAUAUAUGCGUGACACACAUGCACACUCAACCCGGCGUUGCCGAUAGAUUCUUGAACGACGUACGAGAUUCUCUUUUUGAAAUCAUGAAAAAUCCGUCGUUGCCGGUAGAGGGAAAGAUGGCAAUUUAUGGAGUAGCUCAGGAACUUCCUGACAGGAGUAUCGUUGGAGACUUCACGAAAUUAUUUUUGGAUUCGACAUACUACGUUCCAAAAAGGGGUAAUUAAGGGCAUUUAAGGUGUAAUUUUUUUGAUACUGAAAGACGAGGAUGAGACUAUAUUAUUGAAGGUACAAAUAUGAUGAUCACGUGUUUUAUUAUAUGUAAUUAUUUUAUUAUGUGUUUAAAAAUAAAUAAAUAUUUAUUUUAAAUU